UGGCUGUAAGCGAUCAUUAGCAAAAUACUUCACCUAUAAUGCUUAUUGGCGCAACUUGCAUUGUAUAAAAGCAGGGCAGUGAUGUACAAUUAGCACCAGAAGUAUUUCGGACUCUUACAAAUAAACAACUCCCAAAAAUUAACAAAAAUGUUCAAGCUCGACGCCAUCCUUGCUGCUGUCUGCCUUUUCGCCGUCGCCACCUCCGUCAGUGCUGGACUCCUAGAAACCCACCAUGUAGUCCACGAGCCCGUGUUAGCCAAGGUCGGCGCGGUAGUUCACAGUGCUCCUUCAGCCGUUUCCCACCAGAGCAUCACUCAGGUCCAUAGCAAAGCUGUAGUGAGUCCGGUGCUUGCUCACGCCGUCAAAACAACGGUACUUGCUGCCCCCGUCGUUCCAGUAGUCCAUGCCGCACCCGUAGUUCAUGCCGCUCCCGUAGUCCACAGCGUUCCAGUUGUCCACUCCGUGCCUGUGGUUCAUUCUGCGCCUGUCGUCAAGAGCAUUGUUUCAGGUCCACUUGCCUACACUUUCCAUCAUUAGAAUAUUUCAGGAUUGGUAUACAAACAAAUCGAAUGUCGAAUCUAUUACUAAAACGAAAAUAAAAUAAAGUUGUGAUAUAAAUUUAAAA